AUGUGGCUUGAAAUAGUUAUAACUUUGGUAUGUUUAUUACCAGCAAUUUUACUUGGAUACUCUAUACGUUUAUUAAUUUUAAAAACUCUAACCAUACUAGAAGCAGUAAUGUGCAAUUGUAAAACAAGACUAGAAGGUAAAACUGUUCUGGUGACCGGCGGAAAUUCAGGCAUCGGCUUCGAAACGGCAAAAAAUCUAGCCCAGCGUGGUGCAAGGGUCAUCAUAGCAGAUGUUAUGAACGCUGAAAAGUCAGUCGAAGAAAUCAUCAGAUUCACCGGCAACAGUAAGGUAGAAUACCGAUAUUUGAAUCUCGCUAACUUCAAAAGCGUUAAAGCUUUUGCUGAAGACAUUAAUAUAACAAUAGACCAUUUAGAUAUUUUGGUCAAUAACGCUGGAUGUUUGAUGGAUAACAAAGUUUCAGAAGAUGGAAUAAAUAUGAUAAUGCAAGUUAAUUACUUGGGACCGUAUCUGCUAACUAAACUGAUUUUACCAAAGCUUAUCCCAACACAAAGCCGUAUAGUGAAUGUAUCAUCCGGGAUGUAUUUCUGUGGUGAAUUAGACUUGCAAGAUCUAGCAGGAUUGAAACCGAAGAAUUUUUUCAAAUCAUACAUCAAUAGCAAACUCUGUACUGUUCUGUGGACAAAGGCGUUGGCCAAGACGCUGCCCACAAAUGUGUCUGUUUUCUGUCUACACCCAGGCAUGGUGGCAACAAAUAUUGUUGGUUUUAUAAAAGGGCCAAUAGGUAGUUUUUUAAAGAAAUGCGCAACCGUAAUUGUGAAAAAUCCGUAUGAAGGUGCUCAAACGAGUAUUCACCUUUGUGUGGCUCCGAAUAUAGAAGUAUUGUCUGGUAGUUAUUUUUCGAAUUGUAAAGUGGCAACCACGACUAAAAUUAUAAACGAUACUAAUAUAGAUGAUUUGUGGAAUGAAACUGAUCUCUUUUUAAACGAAAAAAUUAAUGGUAUUCAUUGAAUAAUUCAAAUAUUAUUUCUGGAAAAUGUAAAUACUAACACAAUAGUUUUAAAUUCACGUAAUGUUAGAUAACCAUAAUAUCAUAAAAGUCUUAUAUUUCAGUAUUAAGCUUAUUGUUUCAGA